CAUUAUCAUCCCACAGCUAAAUUAAAGCAAACAAAAUCCUCAUACCAUCUCCUCUACACUCUUCACCCUCUACAUGCAUUGAUGUCCACAGAAAUGGCCAAGUCCCUGACGUUGCUCACAGCGCUCGCGGCGUGCCUCGCGCUUGCCGCCGCCGACUGGUCUCAGGGCACCGCCACGUUCUACGGUGGACCCGACGGCUCCGGCACGAUGGGAGGCGCAUGCGGCUACGAGAACCUAUACAACGCCGGGUACGGCGUGAACAACGCAGCGCUGAGCCCGGUGCUGUUCAACGACGGCGCGUCGUGCGGGCAGUGCUACGUCAUCAUCUGCGACGCAUCCCGUCCGGGCGGGCAGUACUGCAAGCCCGGCACCUGGAUCACCGUGACGGCCACGAACCUAUGCCCAUCCAACUACGCGCUGCCCAACGGCGGGUGGUGCGGCCCGGGGCGGCCUCACUUCGACAUGUCGCAGCCGGCGUGGGAGAAGAUCGGCAUCUACAGCGGCGGCAUCAUCCCGGUGCAGUACCAGCAGGUCAAGUGCUGGCGCAACGGCGGCGUGCGCUUCAGCAUCGCCGGCAACUAUUACUUCCUGCUCGUCAAUAUCCAGAACCUCGCCGGCAGCGGCUCUGUGGCCGCCGCCUGGGUCAAGGGCGAUAAGACGGGGUGGAUCCAGAUGUCCAGGAACUGGGGCGCCAACUGGCAGGCGCACGCCGGGCUCGUCGGCCAGGGGCUUAGCUUCGCCGUGACAAGCACAGGAGGGCACUACAUCCAGUUCCUCAACGUCGUGCCCGGAUGGUGGCAGUUCGGCAUGACCUUCAACACAAACCAGAAUUUUUACUACUAAAUUUUGCAAGCAGCAGCUAGCGGAGAGUGAGUGAACCAUCUUAUAUAGCUAUAUUGCUCAUGUGGUUCAGUGGAAUGGAGAGUGUGUUCUCUGUGAUCAUCUCUGGCUCACUCUCUCCUACGUGAUCUCUCCUCCUGAAGUUGUAAAUGGCAAGGGUUGAAUCAUGGAAGAUGGGCAUGCAUGCAACACAGACCUGAAGGCCUAGAUACCAUGCAUGUUUCAACACUAUGCAUUCUCAACACUGUAUAUCAAAUUUAAUUAAUGUUAAUCCAUGCAUGCAUGUUCUUACAUGGAUUUAAGCUUGAGCUGCACCGCUCAA